GGUCAUCUUAUAUUGUAAAAUUCUAAACACCGCAUCGAGACUUUACCUAUAAGACUUGGACCAAAACGACUUACAGUUCGCAGUUUGACUUCGACUCUCCAACAAACAGCAUCAAGAGAGUCGUUCAUCUAACAAAAAUGAAGAUUUAUAUCAUUGGUGCCAUGUUGUGUCAAUGGCUGUCUUUCUCCGCUGGAUUAGUUGACACGGAAGCCGGUAAAGUUGUUGAAACUUAUGGCGUACAGGAUACCAAUGACGGGCCGAGAGAUUUCGCACUUCUCCGAAGCCAUUUGAUGCUGGCUGAAUACCAACGACAUCCAUGGUGGAGGCACCGCCAAUGGGGAGGGAAAAAGAACAGCAAGACUAGCCUGCCUAAGCGGACAACGCCGAAGAAACAAAAGAGAACAUAUACCUUGAGUAACGAUUAUCUUGACGUGGAUGAUGGGCGAUUCCAACGACUAGGUGAAUUCAUCCAUAGUCCGCACCAUCUAGAUGAAGAGGCUACCCAUCUGAAUCCCAAACGUAUCCGGAUUCGCAUUAGUUUAAGGCAACGAAGUCCAGUUAAGCGCCACACGAAACAGUCCAAGAAACGAUCAAAGAAACGCUCGAAGAAGCGGUCAAAGAAAUUGUCUAAAAAGCUUUCAGAAAAAUUGGCGCAACAGGAGGCCAUGGCGUUAGUUUUAAGAGACUUUCUACGUGAUGACAAACACGACGCUUCGUUGAAAAAGGCCAUGCGGAAGGCUAUGAAGAAUUACCAUCGAGCUAGUCGGUUUUCACUUCAUGGCAAAAAGCGUCGUGGCUUCACUGCCAAAGUUCCGAAAAGAUAUUAGACUUUUUCAUGCGAUCUCGUCUUUAUUUUGGAUAUAAUUUCUGGUGUUAUUCGUCAUCAUUUUGUACCAUUUCUGUCGUGGGGUUUAUUAUUUUCGUUCUUGUGCAAAACGGACUGAGGAAUAUUCGAUGCAUCGAUUUCUAUUUGAAACUGUUUCUGCUUGAUACACAAAAAAAUUAAUUCUAAAA